AUGGCGUCAGCACUGAAGGCUCAGUUCGAAGCGGAAGCGGCAAAGCAGAAGGCGUCGCCGGCGAAGCCUGGCCAGCCCACUGGUGUGCAGGGACUGAUCAAGCAGCACAAGAACUUCAUCGAGCCGCCCCCUGCCAAAGUGAGUUGGAAAGCUGACGACAAUGGCACCACCUCUGCGGCUGAGGCGUCGCACAUUCGCUACACCAAGGAGGGUGGCAAGCCCAAGGGUCCGCCCCCCAAGAAGAGCUUGACGGACCUUCCCUAA